ACGGUGCCGAACUUGAGGAGCAGCCAUCUUACUUCUGUCAGCUACACAACUCGCGUCAGAUAUUGAGAAUACAAAAUGGGAAGAUUGGAAGGCAAGAAUGUUUUUAUUACCGGAGCUUCUGCUGGUAUUGGCGAAGCGACUGCUCGUGAGUUUGCGAAAGAAGGCUCCAAUCUCGUUUUGGCAGCCCGACGAGCGGAACGCUUGGAGGAAUUGAAAAAAGACUUGCUUGAAAAGUAUCCUUCUAUCAAGAUUCAUGUUGCCGCUCUGGAUAUUUCCAAGAAAGCAGAAAUCGACAGGAUGAUGGCAGCUUUGCCCGAGGAAUUCAAGGAAAUUGAUGUGUUGGUGAACAAUGCUGGCAUGGUUAUUGGUGUGGACCAUUUAGUGGAUGUGGAAGAAGAGGUGUUCGAUAUCAUGAUUGCCACCAACAUCAAGGGACUGGUUUUUCUGACACAGGCUAUUUUACGAGGAAUGAAAGCUCGCCAAAGCGGUCAUAUUAUCAACCUUGGAUCCGUCGCUGGAAAGCAAGGCUAUGCUGGAGGCAGCAUCUAUUGUGCUACAAAGCAUGCUGUCGAUGCGAUUACAAAGGCGCUUUUGUUUGAGUUGGUCGAUACUCCUAUUCGCGUCAGUCAGAUUUGUCCCGGUUUGGUCAACACUGAGUUUUCAACCGUCCGCUUCAGAGGCGAUAAGGAAAAAGCUGAUAAUGUGUACAAGGGAAUCGACCCAUUGCAAGCGCAGGAUAUUGCUGAAUUGAUCACAUUUACCGCGUCGCGUCCUGCUCGCGUCAAUAUUGCUGAUAUGCUCGUGUUCCCAAUUUGUCAAGCUGACUCCAAGACUGUAAGCCGCAAGCUCUAGAAUAAACGAUUCAUGUUUGUAGAAUAUAAGACAAAUAAAAUUAUUUAAGGGCAUACAAAGCGAUGUAUCCUACCG